AUGGAGUUGGACGGUGUUCUCCUUGGAAUGUGUAACCCUCUCCUUGACAUCUCUGCCGUCGUCGACGACGCUUUCUUGCAAAAAUACGGUAUCAAGUUGAAUGAUGCGAUUCUCGCCGAGGAUAAGCACAAGCCUAUGUAUGAAGAAUUGGCUGCCAAACCUAAUGUGGAGUACAUUGCUGGAGGUGCUACUCAGAAUUCAAUCAGGGUUGCUCAGUGGAUGCUUCAAGUACCUGGUGCCACAGGUUACAUAGGUUGCAUAGGAAAGGACAAAUUUGGAGAGGAGAUGAAGAAGAAAUGUUCACUUGACGGUGUAAAGGUUCACUAUUAUGAAAUCGAUUCUACACCUACGGGAACUUGUGCUGUUUGUGUGGUUGGUGGUGAAAGGUCACUCGUUGCCAACUUAUCAGCUGCAAAUUGCUAUAAGUCUGAGCAUUUGACAAGACCAGAAAACUGGGCAUUAGUUGAAAAGGCCAAGUAUUACUACAUUUCUGGCUUUUUCCUCACUGUAUCUCCUGAUUCCAUUCAAUUAGUUGCUGAACACGCAGCUGCAAAUAACAAGACCUUCAUGAUGAACCUUUCUGCUCCCUUUAUCUGUGAGUUCUUCAAGGAUGCACUUGUUAAAGUUCUUCCAUAUAUGGACUUUGUUUUUGGAAAUGAGACUGAAGCAAGAACAUUUUCUAAAGUUCAAGGCUGGGAGACUGAUAAUGUUGAGGAAAUAGCUUUAAAGAUUUCCAAGUUGCCAAAGGCAUCAGGAACACAUAAAAGGAUUACCGUUAUCACCCAAGGUGCAGAUCCUGUUUGUGUUGCUGAGGAUGGGAAAGUGAAAUUGUACCCUGUGAUACUUUUACCUAAAGAGAAAUUAGUUGACACAAAUGGAGCAGGAGAUGCGUUUGUGGGAGGAUUUCUGUCGCAAUUGGUUAAGGAGAAGCCCAUUGAAGAAUGCGUGAGGGCUGGGUGUUAUGCAGCCAAUGUUAUCAUCCAAAGGCCUGGUUGCACGUACCCAGGGAAGCCUGAUUUUCAUUGA